GGAAAUAUUUCCGGUGAUUGUUGGUACUUAUUUUAAUCGUGUACGGGGUGGGGGAACCGCGAAUCCUCAGCUGUUUGUUUUGCCGCCGCUUUCGACGCUCGAUUUGGUUAUUAAAACAGGAAAUAUCCUCGUUAUUAAGACUCAUUUGUUUACUCACGAUGGCCGAACGACCUGAAGACCUCAACCUGCCACUGUCAGUCGUGUCUAGGCUAGUGAAGGAGGCGCUGCCAGAAGGCGUAAACUUGUCCAAAGAAGCGCGCGUGGCUCUGGCCAGGUCUGCGUCUGUGUUCGUCCUUUACCUCACCUCCUCAGCCAACAUGCUAGCGUCCAAAGACAAGAGAAGCACAAUAAGAGGCCAGGAUGUCAUGAAAGCGCUGGAUGAGACAGACUUUUCGCAUUUUGAAGAUCCACUGAGGAAAGCUUUGAAUGCAUUCCAGAAGACAGUCAAGGACAAAAAGGUAGCUUCUGAACAAAGGAAACAACAGAGGAAGAGCGACGCAAACAAGGAGACGACUACACCUAAAGAGGCUGAGGAAGAGGUGAUUGAUUUAGCUGAAGAUGAAGAAAAUUGACCGCCUUGUUGUUGUUUUAAACGAAAAGACAUUGCCAUGAACUGCGCGCACUUUGCUUUUCAACUAUUUAUGCUGCGAAACUCAUCUCUGGUCCACAAUUCUGGGAGGUGUUCUCAUUAAAAUCACGGGCAAAUUUGUAACUGGAA